AUGAGGGCUGUCUAUCGCCGGAAUAGCAAGGCCAGCCGCAGCGAAGCAGAGGAGCGCAAGGGGCUGCGCAAGACAUCGUCCUACAUCAGUGUUUCUCCAGACGCAUCAAUCUUGGACAGAUUGAGCGGACAUGUUUGGAAUACGCUGGAGCAUCCUUCUUCGAGCAGACUGGCCUCUGUUUGGAUGAUCGUUUUGAUCGUUACCAUCAUCAUCAGCUGCACCUCCUUCAUAGCAGAAACGAUCCCUUCAUUGUGCUGCGGGAGUACGGAUGGAGUUUGGCACCAAAUCGACAUUGUUUGUAUCGCCAUCUUCACAAUAGACUACGUAUUGCGUGUUAUCACCUGUCCGGACAUAUACGUCGAGUACCUGCCAGCACCUCGGCUCUUCGGAUACAACAAGGCGGUAACUCCCGAGGGAGACCAAGUGAGUGAUUCCACAGUCAACAAACCAGUAUGGUUGACAAAGCUCCUAGCGAGGGUUUCGUUUGUCUUGCGGAUUGCAAACAUGAUUGACCUUCUCUCGAUCCUUCCCUUCUACAUCAGACUGCUUGCUGGUUCCCGGAGAAGUGGAGCGAUUCAAGUCAUAAAGAUUGGAAGGGUUUUCAGGUUGUUGAGGAUAAUCAAGUACAGCUCGGGAUCCGAGCUCUUGGCAAGGACGAUCCGGACAAGUAUUGAGCCACUAGGAAUGCUCAUUUUCUUCGUUUCCAUCGCUGUCACUCUUUUCAGCAGCGCCAUGUACUUCGCGGAAAGGGGUGUGUGGUGUGAUGAGUUCAACAACAUGUGUGGUGGAUCAGCAGAAGAUGGUAAGGGAUGGUACGCCAUCCCCCAUACAUACAAAGGAGCGACGUUCAGCGAUGGAUGCCAAGGACAUUCAUGGUGCCGGGCAAAGAGUCAAUUCUCGAGCAUCUUCAUCUCCGGUUACUGGUGUCUGACAACAGUGACAACCACGGGAUACGGAGACAUGUAUCCAAGCUCCGUCGGAGGGAAAGUUCUAGGAUUCUUCAUUAUGUUCAGCGGCCCGAUCAUUCUCGCUCUGCCCAUCACUGUGAUCAGCACAACGUUUGCGGAGGCGUACGAAGAUGAGGAAUUCAAGAAUGGAUCCGGCGAUGACAACUAUGUGACCAACUUUCUCUCCGAACAUUCCCAGGCAGAGAUGAGCACCUAUUCCAAGGAGGACCUGUCACGAACUCCAAGUCAGAGCUCGGAAUCUACUGUCAGCGCUCAGGAGAGCAGAAACAGCAGCGAUCUCAUAAGAACCACUCCGCUGAUCCAGCCCGUCGAUCACAUUCCCCUCAUGAACUCGAACAGCGGCCAUGGCUUUCUCCCUGUCAUCGCCGAGACCAACGGGGCCGGCCUGGGCUUGCCCAACAGCACCGCCAGCUCGGAAUCAGCUGAGUCCCCGGAAUGGAAUGGUGUAGAGCGGCAGUUAUCAGGGGACGUCUCCUCGUCAGCAGGAGGGGACAACUUUCAGCUCACUAGAGAGCUCAAGACCCUCCUUCUCGCCCACCGCAAACAGGUGAUGGAGGACGUUUCUAACCUGCUGAAGGACAACACGGAGCUGAUCAUAAAGGAGAUACUUCUCGAGCUCGAGGGGGAAGAAGAGUGA